AAUAUUCAGUAUUUCAUUUUCCGGUUCAACGGCCUGCUAAAAUUUACCGGUUUAACGCCAAAACCUAGAGCUAAUUAAACACUCAAUUGCAGCUUAAUCAUGGCGGUGUUACCAUAUUCUGAUGUAGAUUCGAGCUUAAAAGCGCUAGCCGGUCGAGCCGAAGGAUUUGGCAGGUUUUCCAUCGGCGGUCUAAACGGUCCGGUCUAUUCCGUCACUACAUUGGCCGAUGAUGGUCCAGGAUCACUUCGUGAUGGCUGCCGUAAGAAAGAACCACUAUGGAUUGUUUUUGAAGUUUCAGGCACCAUUCAUCUCGCAUCUUACCUACGUGUGUCAUCUUAUAAAACUAUUGAUGGUCGAGGCCAAAGGAUAAAACUCACUGGCAAAGGCUUACAACUGAAGGAUUGUGAGCACAUAAUCGUAUGCAAUUUGGAGUUUGAAGGUGGCAGAGGUCAUGACGUUGAUGGCAUUCAAAUAAAACCAAAUUCUAGGCACAUUUGGAUAGACCGCUGUUCUCUUCGUGAUUAUGAUGAUGGGCUAAUCGAUAUAACCAGACAAAGCACAGAUAUCACUAUUUCUAGAUGUUAUUUUGCUCAGCAUGAUAAGACAAUGCUUAUUGGAGCAGACCCAUCUCAUAUUGGUGAUAGAUGUAUCAGAGUGACCAUCCACCACUGCUUUUUCGAUGGGACACGGCAGAGGCAACCUCGUGUUAGAUUUGGAAAAGUUCAUCUGUACAAUAAUUAUACUAGAAAUUGGGGUAUAUAUGCUAUUUGUGCCAGUGUAGAAUCACAGGUAUACUCUCAAUGCAACAUAUACGAAGCUACACAGAAGAAAAAAGCUUUUGAGUAUUACACAGAGAAGGCAGCAGAUAAGGAAGAAGCAAGGACAGGUUUAAUCAGAUCUGAAGGGGACUUGUUUCUCAAAGGAGCUCAGGGAAUGUUGUUAACUGGUGUUGGUGAAGAGUGUGUUUUUCAUCCAAGUGAAUUUUACCCUGUCUGGACAUUGGAACCUGCCUCAGACUCCCUCAAAGCUGUUCUUCAAGUUUGCACUGGUUGGCAAUCUAUUUCCCGACCACCAGAAGUGUGUGCUGAUCAUAUGAAACCUGCAUGCUAGUUUCUUCCGGAGGCGGAUGUAGUACUUCAAUUAUGGUUCAUAAGCAGUGGCGGAGGCAGGACUUCUGCUAAGGGGUUCAAAAAAGGAAUAAGUUAAAAAAUUUAAAGAGAUUGUAGCUAAUGGGAAUUGAACCAAUGACCUCAUAAUAGUUUUGAACCCCCUUGACCAUUAAACCAUGCUUUUGGGUUGUAUGAAGGGGAUUCAAAACAUAAUAUAUAGAGGUAAAAACCAGAUUUUGCCUUAUAUACACAAUGUAAUUUUUCGGCGAAGGGGUUCGGGUGAACACCCUUGCGCCCCCCUAAAUCCACCCCUGUUCAUAAGAACAAAGUUGCUUUGGCUCAGAGCUUGUAUACGUGUUAAAAAUUCACUAAAUAAGAACAAAUAAUAUCUCGAACCUAGUAAACCAAAUGAAUUGUGUUAGAAUUCCAUACUCGAACCCAUAAAGUUCAAAUCUUAGUAUCUUUAUUUGGCCUAUCUAUAUGUAAUGUGAUAAAUGUGCUUUUUUCGGUUGUCAUCUUGUCAAACUCAGGUGAAAUUGAUAUCAUCAUAUGUAAGAGUGUCAAAUUAAGGAUUA